AUGGCCUACCUACUCCAUGCUCAACUAUUUUUGCUGACCACCCUCAUACUUGUUCUAAACCUGGGCCACUACCCUGUGCUUGGUCACAAUUUACGUGACAUGGAGAAAUCUAGUAUGGAGGAGUAUGGGGCCCCAGAAGCACUGGAUUUUGCUGUCAGGCAGUAUAAUAAAUCAAACAGUGACUUGUAUGUGAGCAGUGGGGUGGAAGUGAAGAGUGUUCAAAGUCAGGUGGUGGCUGGAAAGAAAUUUUUAUUUGAUGUGAUCCUAGGCAAAACUACAUGUUUAAAGCCCCAGGAUGACUUGACCAACUGUCGCUUAAAAGAAGAGUCUAAUCAGCAAGAGCAUGAAUUCUGCUCUUUUGGAGUCUAUUAUGUCCCCUGGGAGAAUCAUAUGGCUCUGGUGAGCUCCAGCUGUCGCAGUAUACAAAUUUGUGUCAAGUGGAACAGUGUAAGAUGCAGACAUCUCUGGAAGUGCCUCAUCACUCCUGUUGAUGAUCAUACCUUGGUGGAUGCCAGAUUACCAACACCAAAAUUAGCAGUGGUUAGACUGCUAAGCAAGCACAAUUACACCCAAGCAGCAACCCCUUUCUUCUUCCCCUGCAAAUGCUCCAGUAAAUUGCCUACAUAUGCUUGCUAA